AUAGCUGAGACAGGAAAGAGGGAGGAGGGAAGAGACCCUCGUACUCUCGGUCUCGCGCAGGACCCUGGAGCGCGAGCUGCCAGGUGGCCUCCUGGCUUCUCCUUUUGCCCGCAGUCCUCUGCCUGCCGGUUGUCAUUGCGAACAACCGUCGCCUUCGCCUAGAGGCCAUGGCCUCCCGCAGCUCGGGCACCCUAUUUACUGGCAACAAUGCCCCCUACGUGCCCCCCAGUCUCAUGCCUGGGUAUCAGGGUCAUGUUCCAAAUAUGACCUUCUCCUUUGGGGAUACCUAUGGCAACACCACCAGUAAGUACUUCCACGAUUGCCGAAACUCAUCCCCAGAUUUUAGAUAUGGUGGCCACUUCCCCAUACUUUACUCUGGAAAUCCCAACCUGGUGCUGGGUUACCGCUCCCAUGCCUGGGACCGCUGGUUGCAUACUCCCACCUACACUCGCUAUAACCUUGACUGCAACAGAUCUGCAGAGCUCAAACAGUUCUACAAGCUGGCACAGAUGCACCGAGAACAGUAUCAAGACAAGACGGGCACUGUGAGCCGGGUCCCUUACUUUGUGCUGCCUGUGAAGGAGAAGGAUCGUUAUUCCCCGUCGUCUGACCUGCGCAGCAUUCAAAACCCGGAAAUAGUGCAGAAUUUAAACUGCUCUCCAAGACUUUAAAAAGACUACUGUUGUCUCCGAGGAAAAAUGUGGCACUUAUUUAGAAUGACUCCUGAGAACCUGAAGACAAACCAAACUUUCCCUCCUGGCAAAAGAGUCUCCACACAGGAUAGAUAUGUGAGAGAUUAUUACUUUGACUCUAGUGCUUGAGACCAGAUACCUGAAGCCAGCAGGAGCUUGUUGCCAGGGAUCCAGAUAGGUUUGAUUCAUAAUAAAAUGUUUAACUUUUA